AUGCAUAUCUAUCGCCGCCAAGCCAGAAACUUGGCAUGGUAUGACGACGACGGCGAACCAUCCAGCCAUAACCCAUUCAAGAAGUUCCGUCGGGCGCGUCCUGGCCGCUCGGACUCCAUCCAGCUCGAAAACAGACUCCAGCCGGUCCGCACCGCCGGAGAUGUGCGUCUCUCCGAGGAGCGCCGUCGUCGCAGAGACAUGACCGAUGGGCUUCGCGGCCCCGGCCACGCUGAUACAUACCCUGCGGAGUCGGCGGAAACCGAUCGCAUCGGGGAAGCGGAUAGCGUGGAGAAAGCCGAGCCGGAACCAUCGAUGCGGAGCACCGAUCCCAUCAAUGUCUCGUAUAGAGAUGGCGAUGGACUGGAUGUGGACGAGGAUGGGAGGCCUCGUAAGCGACGCACGGCCACGAGCAGGUUCGGGGACGACGAUGUGGAGAUGUCGAGAGAUUCGUCGGACGAUCCGAAGGGGGUGGCGGAUAAGCAGAAGUUCACGGCCGUCGGGCAGUUCAAGGCGACGGUGUUGAAUUCGUGGAUCAACGUGCUGCUUUUGGCGGCGCCGGCGGGAAUUGUGCUGAACUAUGUCAAUGUCGAUCCGGUGGCUGUCUUCGUGGUGAACUUUAUCGCUAUCAUUCCCCUGGCAGCGAUGCUUAGUUACGCGACGGAGGAGAUUGCCUUGCGAACCGGAGAAACGAUCGGUGGUCUUCUCAACGCAAGUUUCGGAAACGCCGUCGAACUGAUCGUCGCGAUCAUCGCGCUGGUCGACAAACAGGUCAUCAUUGUGCAAACCUCGUUGAUCGGAAGUAUGCUGUCUAACCUUCUCCUCGUCAUGGGGAUGUGUUUUUUCUUCGGCGGUGUGAACCGUCUUGAGCAGCACUUCAACCCGGUCGUCGCCCAGACGGCCGCCAGUCUUCUUGCGCUGGCCGUGGCGAGUCUGAUCAUCCCUACUGCUUUCCACGAGUGGUCUGAAGCCGGUGACAUUGCCGUGGCGCAAUUAUCUCGAGGAACCAGCGUCAUCCUGCUCGUCGUAUACGGAUGCUAUCUCUUCUUCCAGCUGAAGUCCCACACGGAGAUUUACAACCGACCCAGCCCGAAGGUCGAAAAGCGUCGACAGAAGGUCGGCGGCGGCGACGCCAGCCGCGGCAUCGCGGCGAUCGGUAAAAUGACCGCGACGAUGGCGGGUCAGAACGCGCAGCAGAUGGAACUGAAAGAUCCCGGCGACGAGCCCGAGGAGCCGCAGCUGAGUAUCUUUGUUGCGUUGCUGACGUUGACCAUCUCCACGGUGUUGGUUGCGCUCUGUGCGGAGUUCAUGGUCAAUUCUAUCGACGCCAUCACCGAACGAGGCGGAAUCUCCGAAACCUUUGUUGGGUUGAUUCUGUUGCCGAUCGUAGGCAAUGCGGCCGAACACGCGACGGCCGUCACGGUGGCCUGCAAGGAUAAAAUGGAUCUGGCGAUCGGAGUCGCCGUGGGAUCAAGUAUGCAGAUUGCGUUGUUGGUGUUGCCGUUGAUUAUCGUGAUUGGGUGGUGCAUGGGUCUCGAUCAAAUGACAUUGUAUUUCGACGCAUUCCAGGUGAUCUUGCUGUUUGUCGCUGUUUUACUGGUAAACUACCUCAUCGCGGACGGAAAGUCGCACUGGCUUGAGGGCGUUCUCUUGAUGAUGAUGUACCUAAUAAUUGCCGUGGCAGCUUGGUACUAUCCUACCAAGGAGGGACAAAAAUUAGCAUGA